AUGCCAAAAAUUAUUGAGUUAACUGUUGAAAUUGAUAUUCAAAAGGUGUCAUGUCCAGGAGUUUGGUUAUGUCAGGCUGGCCGUGUUUCACUUACUGUGUAUGCACUUGGCACAAGUUACCAGACAUGUAUGCUACCACCCGUUUUCCCUCUUCAGUUCAAAGACGUGUUCUACUUUCGGAAGCGGUUCCAGGAGACUUGUGCUCUUAACAACAUCUGUUGUUUGUUGAAAGACGAAACAAUAUACUGUGAGCUGGUGCAGUGGAGUGACGACUGCGUUUCUAGCGAAUGCGUGAUAUUGGCGCAGUAUUUAGGCGCGCUCAACGAUGUCUUGUUUCCGCCUAAUAUGUGCUCCAGUGAGGGCGUCGAUUUGCUCAUGCGGAGGUCUAAGGAUUUCCCAGGUAUCCUGUCGCCCAAAAUUGAAGUAGCGACUAAAGUAAGGAUAGACGAAAUUUGGAGUAAAUCUAAUAACACAUUAAUCAAGGCCACCAAAUGUCAGUGCGUACCGAUGCCCGAUUCAGACGGCUACAGGCAGAAGCCGGUCUGUCACACACCUCUUUAUCACAGAGCCAAAUGCCACAAUCACAGACGCCCGCUUUCAACGACUAGAUCGCGUUCGCGGUCGAGGUCCGGUGGAUCGAGAUCGUGUUGCAGCUUCGAGCCGAGAGAAACCAACGUUACAUGCGCCUGUCCCAAAAUGGACAACGAAUCAGAGAAUGUCAGGGCCGCACUACCGAACGAAGAACGGAUAAAGAAGCUGCUUCUUGAGAGUUGCUACGUAGACGAGCAGCGGCACAGUUGCGCGACUCGAUCGCGACGUGAACACCACGCGACUCGAGUUCAGCCCUGCGUGUGUGAUAUAUGCAGGCGAUACCACGAAUUGUUUCACACGCACUCCGCUGAUAGGUGA